AUGGAAGAACUCUCGAAGUUGCUUUUGCAAUUAAUCUCAUUCAUUGGAAUGAUACUGCUUGCGAUGGUGGCAGCAGCGGCAGCGGCAGCGGCAGCUCAAGCCCAACCUGGCUGCGCCAACAAGUGUGGGGAUAAUGUAGAAAUUCCAUUUCCAUUUGGCUUGAGUGAAGAAUGCUACUUGAACAAGAUGUUCAAUAUUAGUUGUGAUGACUCUCUUAGUGCAACGAUAGGGGUCAACGUCCGUGUUACAAACAUAUCCAUUGAGGCUCAUGAAAUGCAUGUCCUGGCACUUGUAGCCCGAGACUGUACAAUGCCUCGGGUUCCAUCGAAUCCGAUUAUCCAUCCUGGUUUUGCGCAGGAAAGUUUACCAUUUCUACAACCAAAAAUCAGUUCAUUGUUCUUGGCUGUGACACUGAGGGCAUUAUUAGUUGGGAGAAAAAUGAAAAAAUAUACUCGACAGGGUGCAGAUCUCAAUGAAACUUUAGCUUCUCCACUGAUUACCUUCAGAAACGGCCAAGCCAUUGGCGUCCAAUGGUACUUGAUUGGGCAAUUGGGGAGGAAAGAUGCGAAGAAGCUCAGAGAAAACCGAAUUACGCAUGUCAGGAUCCGAAUAGUGAAUGCCAUAAUCCAAAAACAAGGUCGGGGUACCAGUGCAAAUGCAGGCAGGGUUACCAAGGGAACCCAUACCUCCCUCACGGUUGCCAAGUUGGCCGAGGAGGUUUUGGUACGGUUUACAAAGGUUUUUUUAGCAGACAAUAAGAUCGUUGCCAUCAAGAAGUCCAAGAUAGAGGAUGAAAACCAAAUUGAGCAAUUCAUCAACGAGGUUGUUGUGCUCUCCCAAAUUAAUCAUAGGCAUGUUGUCAAACUCUUGGGAUGUUGUUUAGAGACACAAGUUCCUUUGCUUGUCUACGAAUUUGUCCCGAAGGGUACCCUUUUCAAGUACAUUCAUCAGGAAAGCAAUGCGUCCACAUUUCCAUGGGAAACCCGCUUGAGGAUAGUUGCAGAAACAGCUGAGGCACUAUGGUAUCUACGUUCUGCAGCCUCAAUACCUAUAAUUCACAGGGAUGUAAAAUCAACAAAUAUACUGCUUGAUGAUGAUUUCACUGCAAAAGUCUCCGACUUUGGAACUUCAAGAUUGGUUCCGAGAGAUCAAAUGCAACUAGCCAUUGUAGUACAAGGAACUCUUGGAUACUUAGAUCCUGAAUACUUGCAAAUAAACCAAUUGACAGAGAAAAGUGAUGUCUAUGGCUUUGGAGUGGUGCUCGUGGAGCUACUUACAGGAAAGGAGGCACUUUUAUUUGCUAGGUCCAAGGAGCAAAGAAGUCUGGCUAUGUAUUUUAUUUCUUCCAUAAAAGAGGAAAGAUUGUUUGAAAUUCUUGAAAAUCACAUAGUUGCAGAAGGAAAUAAGGAGCAGAUCCAACAAUUUGUGGAGCUUGCAAGGAGAUGCUUAGCAGUAAAAGGGGAUGAGAGGCCUACAAUGAGGGAAGUAGCAAUGGAAUUAGAAGGAAUAAGAGAGAUGCAGGAGCGUCUCUGGUUUAACAUGGUAGCAAAUUCAGAAGAGGUAGAACACUUGCUUGGUGAGACAUGCGAGGCUAACAAAUAUGGGGGAAGUAGCAGUACCGUAACUACUGGAUAUCAUCAUAGCAUGAAUGACCAUGGAACCUACGACUUGGGAGAUGGAAGAUGAAUGUUUUGUGCUAACAUAUACGGAUGUUGAUGUCAUUUUCUUCUCAUGCAUAUAUGCAAUUUCCUACUUUUAUUCUGUA